AUUUUGAAGUAUUUCAGUUUUCCAGUUAAACAUUAAAGCAGCGGUUGGUGGUUGGUUAAAAGUAGGUCUGUGUGUCAGCACAGCGUUUCCGGGUUCUGCUGCCGAGUUGCCAUCACCUGCUCCAGCCUCCUUCCUCCUGCUAAGUCAGCGUCAAACAGCUCCGGAGGCCCGGACACGGAACCGAACCAGCAGCCGAUAAGCUGGCCCGGUUCAUGUCUGCUCGCUGAAAGCCCAAACCAGAGGAGGGACAGCGGUCAGCGGCGAUGGCGGCGUCGCUUCUCUCGGAGACCGACAUCAGGCACCGGUCCAUGGCGGAGGAGGAUCCGAACGGGAACGAGCAUGGGGCGGCUGCCCGCAGCGCGGCGCCUCGCUGGGGGCCGCAGCACGCCGGGGCCCGGCAGCUGGCGCGGCUCUACUCCCCAGGUAAACGAUUUCAGGAGUGGGUUUGUGUGAUUCUGUGCCUCUUCCUCUUCAUCAUCAACUUCUUCUUCCUCCUCCUGCACUUCUCCACCGUUCACAUCUACAAGAUCAUCCUCGGCAUUGUUUUGGGAAUAGUGACGGCGGAUUUUGCCUCGGGAAUUGUCCAUUGGGGAGCCGACACCUGGGGAUCUGUGGAAAUUCCUGUUGUUGGGAAGGCUUUCAUCCGGCCGUUCCGGGAGCACCACAUCGACCCGACCGCCAUCACUCGGCACGACUUCAUCGAAACCAACGGCGACAACUGCAUGAUCCCCAUCCUGCCGCUCGCCCACAUGGCCUACAGGUUCCUCACAUGCACACCAGAGGCCUUGGCGGCGUCCUACCCCUGGGACUGCUACGUGUUCGCCUUGGCGGUUUUUGUGACACUGACCAAUCAGAUCCAUAAGUGGAGCCACUCCUACUUCGGCCUCCCGCGCUGGGUCACUCUGCUGCAGGACUGGCACCUGGUGUUGCCACGGAAACACCACCGGAUCCACCAUGUGUCACCGCAUGAGACGUACUACUGCAUCACCACAGGGUGGUGCAACUAUCCACUGGACCAGCUGGGCUUUUGGAGACGGAUGGAGUGGCUGAUCGAACAGCUGACGGGCCAGAGACCGCGAUCCGACGACAUGGCAUGGGCCAAGAAGACCGACUGACGGACAAACCCAGUGAAACCAGUAACAGGGGAGAAUCAGGCGUGUAAAUGCAAAUAUGCUGAGGUAGAAAUGAUGGACAGAUGUUUAGAAACGGAGACGAACUUUUUUUUCUGGUAUCGCUGCGCUUCUCGCUUUUUUUUCUGCUUCAGAACAAACGAUGUGUCCAGAGAAAGAAAAACUUUGAUGUUGGUGUAAAAGCUUUCUGGAUGUUCUGCAUCCAUCGGUUUGUCUUUAGACUCCUGAGGUGUUUGUUUAGACGUGGUUCAGGUUUCUGGAGGUUGGGCUCUCCAGAAGAGACGCUGAGCUGUUUGGGACCAGCAGCUCUUCAUACCAACACAUAACGAAAGGAAACAUUCGGUUACCGUCUUUAUUCUGUUUCUUUCUUGGUUUAUUGGGGGAUUUUUUUGUCAGGACCCACAAAGCAGGUUAAAUUAUGUUUAAAAAAUGGCUACAUUCUCACAGAAGAGUAAAAAUCAGCUAAUUUUAUGAUGUUUCCAUCUAAUAUUUUGGGAUCUAUAUUAACUUUAAAGAUUUUACAUAUUUGCUGAUUUGAACACUUGAUCUUCAUCCUAAUAACUUCAGUUUGAUGUUAUGAUUCGUAUUCAAAUGUUUGUUAGAUUAGAUCAGACUUAGACUUUAACUUUUAAGAUUUUGGAUGAAUCCAUACUUUGCUAGAAACAAACCACAUUGGGAUCCAGAGGAGUAAUCAACUAUAAAUAUCCGUCCAACUCGCAUAGAAAUGGGUAAAAAUUAAAAACAUCAAAUCCUAAUGUCGGUUCAUCACUUCAUCCAUUAACCUAAUCAUCGAUCAAUCAACCCCACCCAAAUAGACCAUCCAACCAAACCAACCCCCACUUAACUCUAUUAACAAACCAACCAACCCCACCUAGUCAGAUUCCCCAACAAACCCCACCGAAAUCGUCAACCAAAUCCUAAAUCUCUAGGACAAAAGUAAACCAAAUCAAGUUACCAUUGUUGCAGGUGCUCGUAAUGACAGACACAACUCACUAGGUGGCACUCUUGUCAAACAGAGUAAUAUAUUUUCACAUUUAUCAGUAAUGUAAUGCCAAUCUUUUCAUCUAUUGACAUAUGAUAAGCUUACAGAUGUUUCUACAUUUAGGUAGAUCUAUCAAAAUGUGCAGCGUUUUAUUUAAUAUGUCAGCAGUGAUGGUGCAGUAUGUACGUUUUCCACAAAAAAAAAAACAAAGAGGAAAAAAACAACUAAAGGAUGUUCUGUAUUAAAAAUAAUGUGAUUUUGGUGAAAUAAGUAGAAGCCCCUCCCCCUUUUUGGACCUCCAUAUAUUGGCCCCGCCCCUUUUGGGACUUCCAUAUCUUGGCCCCGCCACUUUUUUGGACCUCCAUAUCUUGGCCCUGUGCCUUUUUUGAGCUCCAUAUUUGGGCCACUCUUUACUGCUGAAACACCAGUGGUGAUGCCAGACACAGGACAGAAAUGUCUCAUUUUACUCUCACUGAUGUAUCGAUUGCUCAUACAGUCGACACAUCAAAACGUAAAUAUUUCUGCCUCCUUUCCCCCAGUGUGUCUCCUGCUGCUGUCGGACUUACAGUUUUCUGUCAGAUCAGCUCAGAGUGCAGAGAGCACAAUCUAAUUCACCUCCAUUAUGUCUUUCUAAAGUGGAACAUACAGUCUCGGUAACUUGUAUUUUCUACAUAAAACUACAAACUCUUAAAAAUUUACAUGAAGGUCCUGGAGCUCCUGGUUUAGCGAUUUUGUAGUUUUUCCACAGCAACUCUUUGAGUUUUAAAUUUUCAGUCUGUUUUCUGGCAGAAAUCGCCAUAGCAACCAGUGACUCAGCGUUUUCUCUGGUUCUUUUGUAUUAAUCAAUCAGGCUUGGUCACAUAGACCAUGAUAAUUCCAGUUAUUGUGACUCCUGAUUAAACUUGAUUGAAUCAGGAAUUGAGAGGUUCUUAGGAAAAGCAGGAAAGGGGUUCUAGCUCAGACUUUCAAAAUAAAAACUCCAGACAGCUGCAGUGUCUCUUCAAAAUUUCUGUUAACAUUUUAUUGAUCAUGAAACGGGAGCUUUUAUUUCCAGCUUUUUUUGCUUCAUUUAGAGAACGUUGUGGAAUUGGACAGGUUGUUUUAGUAUGAAAAUACACUGAAAAUAAUGUGAAUAAAACUUUAAGAUCUUCCAUUUACCAAAUGAAAAUAAUGUUUGUUUCAUUUGUGACUUCUGGGUUUACAGCUCAGUCACACUUAUCAGGUCGUCGGGACCGAAAAUAAAAUGUAAAAGUUGAUCUUUGAUCCUGCUUCAGAUGUUUUCACUAAAGUGAUUGCUUUAUUGGCAGCAGAGGGAGUCCGCUCCUGACUGAACCCGAGCAUGAAGUCAAUUUUCUGGGGGAAGAAAUUCCCAGCUCCGCUCUGACGCUCAAUCAGAUGAGAAAUGGGAAAAUAAAUUUUUUGGUUUUUGCUUCUGUAACCGUCUGCUGCAGAGUUGAGCUGCUUCUCUCUUGGCUUUAUUUCUGAAAGCUGCUCCAAUCACAGAUCAGCAAAAACAUCAGCAGCAUUUUAUGGUUCCACCAAGUAAACAGCGUCUUGAACGCUUCACUCACAGAUGAAAUCACAGAUGAUGCAUGCACACUGACAGAACGACUCUGUGUUCUGUUGUUUUUCUCUGGCUUUAUAAUUUUCUAUUUUUUUAUGAACAGAUCGAGCCUUGUUUGUUUCCAUUUUGCAGCUCGCUGCUGGUUUGCCUUAAUGUUUUUAUCUGCUGUUUGAUUUGAAUAAAGAUUUAGUAACUCCUGA